AUGGACAUCAGGGAAAGGUUCUUCCCCAGAGGGUGCUGGCACUGCCCAGGCUCCCCAGGGAAUAGGCACGGCCCGAGGCUGCCAGAGCUCCAGGAGCCUUUGGACACCAGGGGUGCACAGGGGGAUUGUUGGGGGGUCUGUGCAGGGCCAGGAGCUGGACUGGAUGAUCCUGGUGGAUCCCUUCGUGCUCGGGACAUUCCACAAUUCCAUAACUCCACAAUUCCACCAUUCCACGAGUCCCGCUCCCCUCAGAACCCCUUAAUGACGUCACCGCCCUUCGCCGUGACGUCACGCGCCGCCGGGUCCGCUCCCAGCAGCCCCCGCGCACAAGAUGGCGGCGCGGGGCGGCGGGCGGUGAGCGCGGGGCGGCAGCGGCCGCGGGCCGACAUGACCUACACGGCCGAGCAGCUGGACGGGGUGCAGCGGAUCAAGCGAUGCCGGGAUUACUACGAGAUCCUGGGCGUGAGCCGGGACGCCGGCGAGGAGGAGCUGAAGCGGGCGUACCGCAGGCUGGCCCUCAAGUUCCACCCGGACAAGAACCGCGCGCCCGGAGCCACCGAGGCCUUCAAAGCAAUAGGCAAUGCCUUUGCAGUUCUGAGCAACCCUGAGAAACGGCUCCGCUACGAUGAACUCGGGAGUGACCACGAGCAUGUCAGCACUGGCCAGGCCAGGCACUACAAUUACUACACAGAAUUCGAAGCAGACAUCACACCAGAAGAAAUAUUCAAUGUGUUUUUUGGUGGGCACUUCCCUACAGGGAAUAUCCACAUGUUCUCCAAUGUAGCCAGAGAUGCUCACUAUUACCCACGGAGGCACCGGGCUGAGAGGGCAUGGACACAGGAGCCAGAGGAGGAGGAGCACAGGCCACAGAAUUCAUACUCUGCAUUUAUCCAGUUGAUGCCGGUUUUCAUCAUCAUAAUAGUGUCAGUUAUAACCCAGCUGAUGGCCACCAACCCACCCUACAGCUUAUUCUACAAAUCGUCCAUAGGCCACGUUGUCAGCAGAGAAACAGAGAACUUGCAGGUGCCUUACUACGUUGAUAAAAACUUUGAAAAGAAUUAUCAAGGAGCAGAACUUCAAGAGCUUGAGAAAACAGUUGAGAAAGAUUACAUAGACUAUAUUCAGACCAGCUGCUGGAAGGAGAAACAGCAAAAGUCUGAUUUGUCCAAUUUGGCCAAGCUCUACAGAGAUGAGCGGUUAAAACAGAAAGCAGAGUCCCUGAAACUUGAGCACUGUGAGAAGCUCUCCAGUCUGAUUGGGAUGCAUAAAGGGGGCUGACCGGGACAUACACGUUCCAUACUUUUAUUUAUUGGUGUUUUAACUUAUGUUUUUAUUUUCCUCCAUGUGAAAAGGAAGGAGUCUGUUGUAAAGAGUCUGGAUAUUGGAGUCCUUCUGUAGGCAGUGCAGAGAGGGGCCGGCACGAGCUGCAGGGCUGCUGUUUGCUGUAAUAUAUCCUGUACAUUAGAUUUGGUUCCUAGGACCAGUGGCACUUUGUAAAUUCAUUUUCCAGGACACACUCUGAGCUCGGACCCCAGCUGCGUGGGUGGUUUGUCUGCCAUCCAGGCUGUGUGUGCUUCCCAGGAGAGCAGGCUCCUCUCUGCUUCCCGUGUUUCCUGUGGAUCUGCAGCUCUGGAUCCCCGCACAGCGCCGUGCUCGGGGCUGGGUGUCACCUUCCCCUGUCCCUCCGGGCUGUGCCACAGAGCUGGGGUGGUUCCAGUGCAGGAGGGACAGUCCCUGCCUGAGGGGGGCCCCGAGCACAUUCCCAGCUCUCCCACUGUCCCAGGGAUCAGGCCAGUGCUGCUCCAAGGGAGGGCUGUGCCCGUCCUGACACCAGCAUGGGGGUCUGGGAAUUGUACCCAUCCCAGUGUCUGCCAGACUGCUGGGAAAGCAGAACUCUGCUCAUUCCCUCCUCUGUUUCCAGUGGCAUAUUUUGAAGCUGGCUGUUCCAUUCUGGUUUUUAUCUGCACACUCCCCCAGCUCUCCCAGGAUCCUGCAUUUUCCGGUACAGUUCUCAUGUAGCAUAUUUUUACUCUGUUGAGCAACUAUGAAUGUUUCACUAUAGACAUGAUAUUGCAGAGAAAAAGAUCCAUGUGGCAAUGUCCUGUUUUUUCUUGAUCCUCCUUCACACAGCCAGGCCUUGAAGGGCAGGUUGAUGCUGGGUUGUCCUGGUGAGCAGCAGACCAGUGUUAGACCGGUGUUGCUCCAGCUGAGCACCAUGAACCCCCCGAGGCACUCUGGUGUGUGCCCUGCAUGGAAUGAGCUGCUCUUCCAGGGAGUUCCUGCCCAGGGUGGGGGCUCAGAGCAGCACUGCUCCCCUCUGCCCUGGGAAUGGGAGUCACUGACACCUGAGCAAGGCUCUGCUGUUGCCACGUGCCUGAAACUCGAGUCACACAGGAUGCACAGGUGGCCUUGGCUGAAACCUAAGGAGUAAAUGCUCAAAAGCUUGGGAAAUGUCAGGAUUAAACCUGCCUUUAAAGCUCAGACUGUCCAUGUGCUGGGCACUGGUGCAGUGGUGUAGGAGUCCCACUGGAUGGAACUGGGAAUGUUGGUGCCACAGUGUGUCCCCUCCAUGUCCCUGUCCCAUCCAUACAACCCUAGGAGGUUUGGCAGGAAAGGAAGCUGGGAAAAAACCCUUUUCUGUGGUCUGCAUGAGGAUGAGGGGUUGGUUUGAGGCCCGGUGCUUCUGCACACGAGCCCUAAACAUCCCAGCUGGGAGGAGAACAUGCCAGGGGCAACAACAGUGCUGUGGUUAGAUGUCAUAAAAAGGAAAAAAAAAAUGACACAGUGACUCUGAAUUGCAUUUUUAUGCCCCAUUUGUAGGAAGCUUCGUAGGAAUGUGGGGGAGUUGAGUAGAAUUCUUGGGACACCUGGAACAGGAAAAGCACCGGUGAAAAGGGCAUUUUGAGAGAGUUGGUGUGGAACAUUCUUAGUGCCAGGGUUUAAGGGCAGGAGUGGAUGGUGAUUCCAGGUUGGUGGCUGGCAGCCCUAAUUCUGAUAUUUCCCACUUUUGAGCACAUGAGUGUACAAAAAGUUAAAAUAAUGUUGCUUUUUAUAUAUUAAAUAGCUUGUAGAAUAUAUUAGAAAUCUAUUUAAGUGGUUGGACUUUAUUCCAGGGUUGGGAUCUUCAUUCCUGUAGAGGGAUGCAGGUAGGGGGACCAAAUCCGGCGACUUCCUGGACUCACAAUGUCCUGCACGGAGCUUGAACUCCUCCACAGCAUUUUGCACUGAAACAAGAUUGUACCUUUCAUCCAAAGAGCUCGAGUACUUGAUGGAGACCUCCUGUGGGAAGCACAAUCAGCUAGGAAACGCAGGAGGGAGGUAAAACAUCCCCAAAAGCAAUAAGUGUUCUGUUCCUAGCCAGGGUCAGGGUGCUGUCCUGGUGUGUGCUGUGAGGGAGGGCGUGUGGCUUGAGACCUCCGCGGUGACAAACAGGACAAGUUGUGUUUGUUGGGUGCUCCUCAGGGAAAAGGAGAAUCCUCUCUGGAGCCCCUGAUGUGGAAAUGCAUCGCUGUCCUUCUCCAGAAGGUACUUGCGGUUCUUUGUGGGGCUCUGACGGGAGGAGAGGGUGUUCCUGGGUGCACCAAGCACUUGCACAUGGGUUUGUGUGUGUAUAUAUAUUUAUUUAUUUUUAAAUAAAGACGUGACAUCGCUGUG